AUGGCAAUCGCUUACUUUAUACCCGAUCAGGCGCAACUUUUGGCCAGAAGUAGGCAACAAAGUGCGCAACAUGCAGCAGCUGCCGACGGCACAAAUAGCUCAUCCAAUCACAGACAGACCGAGUCCAGGCAACAGCAACAACAACAGCAGCAACAACAACAACAACAGCAACAACGUACGCAAUUUCGCGCCAACAUUUCGGUGCCGCUGGGCAGCGAGCAGGGUGCCAUUUCCAUGUCCGAGUUUGGGUGCUGGGAGCUGUUGGCGCAAAUCUUCUGCUACGCCUUGAGACUCUACAGCUAUAAUCCCACCCAACGCCGGGCGACCGUUAUACAAAUCUCAUUCGAGAUCAGCAGCGGAGCAAGCGAUGCAGAUGCAACUGCAGCCGAGGGAGACAGAGAGACUGGAGUUGGAGAUGGAGAUGAAGAUGGAGAUGGAGAUGUGACUGAUGCGAAUGCUAAGAGAGAUUAGAUUUGGGUUGGAGACG